AUCGCUCAGUCCUCCGUAUUCCGUCGAACUUGUCUGCCGUCCCGUCGAUAGUUUCGCGUCCUCGCGGAUUCUUUUCCCUUUGUCAGUUAAAGUGAGUGAAAUUGGUGUGAGUGUGGGGUUGUGCAAUUACGAAAUAUCCUGGUGGAAAUCAGUGACCUCAUUUGCAUUCGUAACUGAAAUCGAAGUGUAGUAAGUGGAAUUAUAGCACCAAGUGAAGAAUCUAGAAAGUGACGCCCUUUGAAGUGAAACAUGGCUGGGAAAGGCGAAGGGAAAGGUGAAAAUGUGGCCAAACUGGCCAAUCGGAUUGCCGCCAUCAAGUACACGCUGUUCUGCUUCAACAUCGUGUCCUGGAUUAUCGGCGCCGGGUUGUUCGCCUUCACGAUCUACAUCCGAGCCGAGCCCGGUUUCGAUGAGUGGGUCGCCCUGCUGGACAUCUACCAGUACUACAUCGGUGUAUACAUCCUGAUCGGCACCGGCGCCCUGGUCAUGAUCUUCUCCUUCCUCGGCUGUUGCAGUGCCCUCAUGGAACACUCAACGGCUCUGUACGCGUUCAUCGGGACGCAAGUUUUCCUCUUCUUGGCCACCGUUGUGGGAUCGGCCAUCAUCCUGGACUUUUCGACGAUGAAUUCCAGCAUCCAGCCGCUCAUCCGCCAGACCAUGCUGCGUUUUAUCAUGACAUCGGAACACCCGCAUUCGUCGGCCGCCCUGAAGCUGAUCCAAGAAAGCAUCGGAUGCUGCGGAGCUGAUGGCCCCAACGACUACAUGGUCCUGCGUCAACCCCUCCCACUCGAAUGCCGCGACACCGUCACCGGAAAUGCCUUCUUCCACGGAUGCGUUGACGAGCUUACCUGGUUCCUGGAAGACAAAUCUAUGUGGGCUGCCGUCAUGGCCAUGGUGCUGUCGGCUAUUCAUACUGCCAACGUCGUCCUCGGUAUCGUCCUGGUCCAGGCCCUGAAACGCGAGGAGGAAGCCAUGUACAGACGCUGAACGCACCAACAUCAACGGCGCUGCACCACGCCAUACGCAACCCGAGAAUAUGACAGUUUUUCCUCUUAGUUAAAAUUAGUUUCUACCAUCAGCAGUUCUAGAGUAAUUAUUAUUAUUAUUAUGUGCCAACACGGGGGGACAAACAACCGAUACUACCACCACGUAGCCAUUAAGUCCACUAUUAUAAGCGAAAACAAAAAGAGAAAAAUGAGAAUAAAUUUUACACCUGGUGAGCAGCGUGCAGAUGAGGGAAACUCAUCGUCCCGUCGCGCCCCGUCAGGAUGAUCAUCAUCAUCCGGUGUAGAAACAAACCCUGGCUUGGA